AUGGGUUUCUGGAUCUCGAAUCAGGGAGGAAUGUCUGAAGAAGAACGUAAAAAGAGACAGAACUUAGAAAAACUACUUCAUAGCAUGAAACAUAGCUUGCAAGUGACAGCCUCUACUCACUAUGAAGCAGCUGCCUAUUACAGACAAGUUGAUACCUACCUUCAGUACGCGUCUUACAUUACAGGAGCGUUAGGGACAUCAGGAAGUGUUGGUUCGAGACUAGCGUGGAAUGUUCUUGGCACGAAGAAUUCCCGUCUCUCAGCCAUAUUUAUAUCUUCCGCCUCUGUAACGGCGCUUUUAUUCUCAGUUGCUGUAAAUAUCCGCCAGUUGCCUAUUCCAAACUUGCCCAGUACGUUACAACAGUUAAACUUCAAAGCAGGGGUGGAAUGUCAAUACCUUGAAGGAAAAGUCCAGCUCUUUGCUGAAAGUGACGUUUGGAAUUCGUCUGUUGCCUGGGACACUCUUGCGUCACUAGGUAUGAAAAUUUGCUGA